AUGCGUUACUCAUCCAUCGUUUCUAUCAUGGCCUUGGGGCUGGCCUCUUUCUCCGUGGCAGCACCGGUGGGAUCCAACCCCCCCAACGGCAAUGGGGACACUCCCGGCGAAGGAGGUCCGUUCGAUGGCUUCACAGGUGGGCUAACGGGCGCCCUGGGAAAGGGUGGUAUACCAGGUUUACCGGCGGGGCUUGGUGGGGAUAGCAGUGGCAGUGGCAGUGGCAGUGGCAGUUCCUCCAAAAGAGAUGUCCACGCCUCGCCCGAAGGGGCAAUCUGA